UGGGAGUCCGGACACAUGUGGGAAACUCGCGCACCCGACAAGCUGCAGGGCCAACGGGAGCGCGCACACGAUACCGGGACUUGACACUGCUGGGCAUCUCAAUAGCGGAGGACGCCGAGGAUGGGGAGCCCCGCCAACACCACCUCCGUCGACCUCCUGCUGCAGCACUCGGGUUCGGGUUCGGGCUCGGGCUCGGGCUCGGACUCUGGCUCGCACGCGCCGGAGCGCGGGGGCGGCCACGAGUACCUGUACAUGGUGAUGGUGAUGUCCUUCUACGGGGUGUUUCUCUUCGCGCUCACCCUCGGCUACGUGCGCUCCAAGCGCAGGGAGAAGAGGAAGAGCAACGUGUUCACGCGCCUGCUGCGCGAGGAGGAGCAGCGCGAGUGGGGCGCCGCGCGCAAGAAGCACAGUCUGAGCCUCCCCGCCGCCGCGGGCCUCUGCUCCGUCCGCGUGCCGCCGUUCCACGAGGGCCGCGUGCUCGCGCCGCUCGCGUGCGCGCUGUGCGUCGCGGAGCAGAGCAGCGUCAGUUCGCUGAGCUCCACGGCCGACGUGCGCUUCGCCAUCGAGGAGGAGUCGGACAGCGGGCCGGAGGAGACCCCCCGCGGCCGGGUUCCGUGACCGAAGGGUGGGGGUCGAGGGGGGACAGUCGCCCCACGUGAAACCACGGCAAAAACCUCGAAGUGAGACCGAUAGGGGACAUGGACAUCCAGUCCCACGUAAGACCACAGCGCACGUGGGGGCCACUGGGAGCCAAAUGUUCCCUUUGCCGGUUCGGAUCAUGAUUCAUGUUGCGCAGGAAUCAGGAGGAUUGUUGUCGUUUUCUUCACCGCACUGCGAACGUGCGCCUUCACGUGUACAUUAUGUAAAUUAGGAGCUCUGUAAAUAUUUCACUUUUUUGUUGGUUUAUUUAUAAUGUGCAUUGGUGGAAUGAUCGCUCCCGAUGAAAUAAAACCUUCCCCCCCUCCCCAAUGA